GCACUAGUAAUUUCCAACAGCCUAAUCAAAAUAGUCCGCUUAAUAGAAAAAAAGUAUUUAGGGUUCAUCUGUGCAGUAUAUUACACGCACUCGGAAAGAAAUGGCCCGAUAUCACCACAAUAUAAGAAGAGUUAGGAGCUUCUCGUUGCUGCAUCUUCUGGAACUUCUGAAGGACAGCGAGCGCCAAGCACUGACGCAGAUUCGCAAUGGAGCAGAAUCAUCUGCCUGUGGUGAUAGCACUGGCAAUCUGGGUGAGCUGCACGAUGAUUGCAUCGCAAGGACAGGCGCCCAAAUCGGCAUGGGUGGCACUGGAAACCGGUUCUCAGAAGCUGCAGAUACAAGACGGUCAACCGCAGGAUGCAGACUUCUCUUCUGACUCACCUCAACUACCCGUCGCGUGGGGCACCUUCAAGAACGACAUAAACGAGAGCGGAUGGGCGUUCCUUCAAAUCGAGACCAAUGAACGUGCGAAGGAUGAAGUCCAAGCAUAUGCAGCAGGGGCCCUGGAGGCGUACCUCACGCGGCAACUGAUCGAGAAUCACUGGACCAACAUGUUCGGAGGGUACUGCGACAGCCAACCCGAGUACUGCCGCGAUUUGAAGAAAUUUUUCGACGAGAACAACAAAUACUCCCAACAGCAGCAGCACCUCCGAAGACAUAACGAGUCGUUCUGGAACAUGGUCUAUCUUCAAAUGAAGCAACUGGCGGGUCUCAGCGACGAGUUGGAAAACAAGACCCUAGACUUUUCAAAUGAGGUGACUGAUGCCCCGAGAGCUCAGUUCCUCAACGCUCAGGGAGACAUCCAGGAUUUGGAACACGGCCUGGGACGGGAGGAAGACUUCUAUUCAAUCGAUCAGAUAAUGGCUUGCUCGGCCGUAGUCAAGGUCGUAGGAGACUCAGAGGGCCUGUAUUUUGGCCACGACGCCUGGUUCGUUUAUCGAGCCAUGCUGCGCUUCCAGAAACAUUACAUUUUCCCCUGGCACCUCACGGCUCUCCAGACGGAACCAGAGGACGUUGUUCCAGGCCACACGUGGACCAUAUCGUCUUACCCUGGGAUGCUGAUGUCGUGGGACAGCUUUUACCUCACUUCUGGAGGGCUCGCUAUCACGGAGACACAAUUGUUGAACGACAAUCAGGAGCUGCACAAGCUGGUCACUCCUAGCGGAGGAAUCCUUGCAUGGGUAAGGGCAGCAGUCUCAUCUCGCCUCGCCAAGUCCGGUGAAGAGUGGGUGCGCACAAUGGCAACGGAAAACAGCGGAACAGGAAACAGUCAAAAUUUAGUUCUAGACUACAAGCUCUUCAGUCCUGGAAAGCCUAUCAGCAACGGGACACUUUUGCUCCUGGAACGAAUGCCGGGCAUUGCCAAAUUUGAAGACAUAAGUCAUGUACUUCGAGACAGCAAAUAUUUUGCUGGCUAUAACGUGGCAUAUUUUCCUGAAAUAUUUGAAAUGACAUCGCAACCAGAAAGUGUGGAGAAAUAUGGUGACUACUACUCCUACGAGAACAGCCCACGCGCCAAGAUGUUCCAGAGAGACAAUGGCAACCUUACAGACAUGGACUCCGUCGUAGCAUACCUGAGGUACAAUGACUACAAGAACGAUCCACUGUCGCAAUGCAACUGCACCCCACCGUACAAUCCGGUCUACGCCAUCGCAGCGCGCACUGACCUGCUUGACGCCAACGGACAGUACGACGUCCCAGGGAUGCACCGGCGGGCUGUCGGUGGCAUUGACGCCAAGGUGACAAGUCAUGAACUGUUUCCGUCGCUGGAGUUUGUCGGUGAGAGUGGGCCCACGUGGAGGACCCAGCCACCGUUCCAGUGGAGCACCAGCGGACUGGGAGGCAGCCACGUCGGGCAACCGGACAAAUGGCAGUUCAAGCCUGUUCAACACAAAUGGGAACCGGCGAGGCGCACCAGCGCGAGCAGCUGAAGGCCGCUAGGAGCGGUCGUGUUUCGGUGGCUGGGCGGUGACUUUACACAAAUAAAGACAUACUCUCGCGCUUUA